AUGGCUCCCAAAACAAAUCGAAAUAAACGUCAACGAGAUCGCAAAGCAGAGAAAGAACGUUUAUAUGGCGAAUUAUUUGCGCCAUAUGAACCAAGUCAUCCAUAUUCGCUUCAUUUUGUUCAUAAUGCUACAACAUGUGAUGAAUUAAAAAUGUUCAUUGAUAAUGCUCAAACAACAACAAAUUUCGUCUUUGAUACCGAAUCGAAUUACUUAACAAACUUUCCAUCGAUAAUUCAAGUCAUGUUUAUGAAACAAAUCCAAGAAAACUCUUUAGUAUUAAUCAUCGAAACCGCUCAUUUGCCCGUUGAAUCAUCAUAUGAAUUUCUUCAACUUAAACAAUUAUUUUAUUUAAUUUUUCGACGUCAAUCACAUAUUUAUACUUGGGGAGCACUGAUAGAUGAAUUAACACCUUUCUUGCAAUUUAAUCUGUUUCAUCUUCCGGUGUCAUCCUACAUUCAUAAUACUCAACAAGUAUUCAAGUUAUGGUUUAAUGAUUGGUUAGCUUUCCAAUCAACAUUGAAUGACAAUGAUGAUCAAGAUAAUGAUGAUACAUUAAUAAUUAAUGCACCUGCAUUCGACCCGAUCAUAUUUUUACAUCCACUUGCAAUUAAUAAUAUUAAACGAUCAAGAAAUGAAUCUUGGAGCAUUCAAGAUGCAACAGCGUAUAUUUUAAAUCAAUAUCUACCAAAAAAAUGUACAUUACGGCAAUGGUCUAUUGGAUUAGAUGAUCGAAUAUUAAAUCGAACUAGAACAUAUUCGUCAACAUAUCGUAAAAAAAUGAUCAGUUAUGCUGCAAACGAUUGUACGUCUUUAGCCGCAAUAAUAACGUUUAUGUAUCAAUCACAUAUUCCAAGUGCACUACAAUGUGUCCAAUAUCCAUCAGAUAUAGGCGAGUAUAGUUUUGAUCAGGAACAAAAUGGUUCGUCAUUAUCUUUUCAGGUUCAUUUGGAAGAUAUUACAACAUCAGAUGAUGAAGAUAUGGAUUAUCCAAUGGCGGUUCAUGAUAUAAAUGAACGUCAUUCAAUGGAAAUUUCUAAUGCUGAACCAUAUCAUCAACAGUUACACGACGAUAAUGUAUUAACCAUUAUAAAUGAUUCAAAUCUUUUAAAUGAUAAUAUUAACAUUAAACAAAAAAUUCGUCAACGUCGAACAGUACAAGCACAAAAGCGAAGAAACCAAAAAACCAGCAUCAGACAUCGAAAAAAUCGUUAUAUUUAUGAAAUAAUUAGACCGGUCAAUAUGUCUAUCAAACUGGUGAAAAACAAAUUAAAAGAGUUUGGUAUUAACUAUCUUAAUGUUAAUAUAGUUCGUUCACAAUUAUAUAUUGGUUUAAAAUCUCAUCAAGAUCAAAUCGAGUACGAAAAUUUAUUAUCAAUGAACAGUUUUGUGUAG